CUUUGAAACAAAAGGAAGAACAAUAGCAGAUUGGAACAUAAUACUCGUCUACCACGUGCCGCAAGAGCCUCUUUUCCCUGCUUUUCUUCCCUUCAGCCUCUUCUAUCCCCAGCACGUCCCAUCCGGUCGAAGAGGUCGAUCCAGUCUUCAUUAAUUACCUCGUCCCCCUGAUCUUAAAGCAGCUUCCACGCCCCGCUUGGCUGGCGGACUAUUGCUUCAAAUUUUUAUCCUCUCAUCUCGGCUGCUGCGGACCUGUUCAGCCUCACGAUCGAUCUCUUCCACAAUCAGUCAGCAAUGGCGCCCGUAGGCUUCGUGGUGCAUCUCAGAAGUCUUUAUGCGAAAGAAUCCGAGGAUCCUGUCAUCUCUACGCGGACUGCAGCGACCCUUUCGAUACUCCUGACUUUGUUCUAUGUGGUUCCUCUCUAUCUCUUUUCGUCGACUAGGCCAACUCCUAGCCUAAGCAGAGAUGCUCCGUCCGUCAUCCGAGCCAGGAUGAGGACGGUAACGGCAACGAGUGCCAUCAGUGCCCUGGCCGUCAUAUUACUUCUUCUGGACAAAGGCAAUGUGUCCCUUCCAGAGGCCCUAAAGCUUCUUGGAUGGUGGCCAAUUGCGAUCUCUGACGUCCUUAGCUGCCUUCUUUUGACAGCGCUCCUGUUUGCAGGACCGCUGUUUGAGAAAUGGGCUGUGGGCGAAUGGAGAGAAGAGGCGGAGAAGCUCAGUGGCUGGAUUGGUUGGAGGAACUAUGUUGCUGGUCCUGUGAGCGAAGAGUUGAUCUUCCGCUCAGCCAUCAUCCCGCUACACCUCCUUGCCAAAACGUCUCCCGGUCGGAUCAUUUUCUUAGCCCCUCUGUACUUCGGAAUAGCACACGUGCAUCACUUCUAUGAGUUCCGACUCACGCAUCCUGGAACUUCGGUUGCUGCGGCGCUUCUGCGAUCCAUUUUCCAGUUUGGCUACACCACCAUAUUCGGCUGGUAUGCGACUUUUCUCUACUUGCGAACCGGAUCUUUACUGGCAAUUAUUAUUGUCCACAGCUUUUGCAAUUACUGUGGGCUUCCCCGGCUGUGGGGUCGCCUGGAGAUUCCUGUCUAUGUUGGACCGGGUAGUCUUCGAGGCAAAGAUGCUGACCCGAGAUCUGCCAGCGUCACUCUCUCCAAAUCUGGCAAUGUCUUGACUGUGACGUACUAUGCCCUCCUCAUUUCCGGAGCGAUAACAUUCUAUUUCCAGUUCUGGCCCUUGACAGAGUCGCAUCGCGCACUGGCUUCUUUCACUGCCACGGCAUGACUGUAUCUAUAUUUUCAUCCUUUCUAAAUCGUCAUCCUGAACAUUAGGUCUCUAGCACUCGUAUAUAUUAUUGGCAUCGCCCAACUCCACGAGGAAUCGAUCCCAU